UGCUGCGACGCGGCCAUCGUCUCGCUCACGCCGGAGAGCCUCGAAAAGAUGAUGUCCAUCAUCGUGCGCGUGGCCGGCCUGUUCGGACUGAUGGUAUCGGAACCAAAGACGGAGAUCAUGUGCAUGCUACCGAAAGGGCUGGGGGAACGCCCGUUCGCGGUCAGCGCCGCUGGCCAGACGUACAAGCAGACAGAUCGGUUUGUGUACCUCGGACGUACCAUCUGCGCGGAUGGGAAGGUCGACCGGGAGAUCACGAGCCGCAUCUGCCGAGCAUGGAAGUGCUACCGCCGGAACAGCACUUCGAUGUACGACAGGAAACGGGCCAACCGCCAGCUCAAGAUCCGACUACUCCAGGCUGAAGUGGUGCAGACCCUCCUAUACGGGUGCGCCUCGUGGAGCCUGGCAGCGGAGCACUACACCAAGCUGAAUGGGACCCACCGCCAGUUCCUGACACGGUGUAUCGGCUGGAGCAAGCGGAAGCGCUCAGACCGACCCCUGUCCUACGCCCAGGCCCUCAUCCAGGCCGGCUGCGAGGAAACCAUCGAGGCCACCGUGCGCAAACGGAGGCUGUGUUUUGCGGGCUUCGUUAUGCGCAUGGAGGACAACCGCCUCCCCAAGCGCAUGCUGCUGGGAGCGAUGGCGGGGGGUACCGGAUACCGGGGCGGGCAGGAGAGCGACUGGGUGUAUCGCCUAGGAGAGGACCUCGUGGCGUUUGGCAUGAAAGAGGAGAAGGAGGGGGGGAGAUGGAAAGAGAGCGCCAAGGACCAGGAGGCGUGGUACGACAAGAUCGAGGACGGGGCGGCAUGGUUCAUGAGGAAAUGGCACAGACAGGAGGCGGAAGCAUCCGCGAAGCGCCAGCGCCAGCGCGCGGAGGAAGCAGAGACGGAGAGCACGGCCGCCCCGGGCCCGAAGAGAAAGAGAAUCGGGGAAGCGGCGGGGGGGGGGAAGAAACGGCGACCGGACAAUGCUGUAGAAGCGAGUAGGGCGGCCAAGGCCGCGCUUGCGGCGAACGACGUACCCAACUGAUGAUGUUGUCGCACCCUGUGUUCCCUUUUCCCUGCCGUAAGCUGUAUGCUCUUAGUAUUGCCUCCCGCCUCUCUUUGUGCUUUUUUUCUUCUUUCUUUCCUUCUUGUUCUCCAUGCCCUCUCCACGAUGAUCUUGGACGAUACCUCGAGCUCCUUGUUAUUUUUGUUUUUUCCUUUGCUGGCUGCCUGCCACCUCUGCUGCCUCUUUGGUGCGGUGCCUACCCUACACUAAUGCGCUGGUGCAUACUGCAAGGCUGUAGUACCUGGUACUGGUGUACGUUGUCCUUCGAUUUUUUAUUUUUUUGUGGGAAUAUACAUGUGUUUGUUUUUCGCCCCCCGUCUUGCUGCACCCCCUGGGGUGUGGUGCAGGGCGGGGGAUGCCUGGUCGGCGGGAACCCGGCACGGAACCCUCCGGCGUUGUAGGCGGGUGUGGGAAGCGUCCCCCGUUCUCCUUUUAUUUUAUUUUGAUCGGUCUCCUCGACGCUCUUUCUCGUUUGGUGCGGUAGCUGGUCUUUCUUUCUAUCAUUUUGUUUCUCUUCCGAGUGAUUUUUGUACCCUAUUUUUUUUCUGUUUCUUCGUGGGGUCGUGUAUGCCGGGUUGUGAGACCAC